AUGCCCGAGCUCUUCAAGCGACUGCUGGAGCAAUCGUUGCUUACACUGCAGCCAGGAACUCCCCGAGCUCAACAACCUAAACAAUCGCAACAAGAGCAGAGCCAAACACAACAGCAGGCUUGGCAUCCACUUCCGAUUCAACCGCCAACAUUUGCAGUGGUUCGCUCACUUUUCAUUCCUCCUCCAGAAUAUUUGGCCGUUCCAAGUGCGCAGCCGUAUUUACAUCGACUAGAAGUGGGUGAUCAUAUCCAAUUGCUCGAGGUCAACUCUGCCUGGUAUCGAGGUCUAUUAUAUCCUGCAUCAAAACCCAUCGUUUCUAAUUCGAGUUUGGGAUCAUUGUCUGUCAGUACCGAUGCAGAACAGAACAAUACCGUCCAAUCCACUACAAAUUCUAGCACGUUUGUGGGCGUUCGCCCGUGCAUUGUGCCGAUCGCCUUUGUCACGCUGGUAGGUUCAAACAAGGCAGCUAGUGCUGCAUCCUUGACGGACCUUUCCGCUUCAAUUGCUACUUCUACUCCACAGAGUGCUCAAACAGCGAAUCCAUCAUCCAAUCACGGUACAGAGAAUGUGCACACUCAAGAAAGUAACCAAGCUUCUGAUGCUGCGCUUGGCGAUAGCAACCAUAAUGCAUCGAGCAGCUCAAUCGAUAUAGCCUCCAAAGCACACAAUGAUCUUACCAUUGACACUGCAGUAGUUUUGCAUGGUCACCGUGGUGUCUCAUUGCCUGCCAUCCCUAAUCCAGCAGCUGGUACUAAAACUGUUUCUCGACAUCAUCCACCGCUACUGAUUCCUCCACAUGACUCGAUAGAUGGACUUGACGAUCCAUUUUUGGACGGAGUUGCUUCCACUCUUCGCGAAUGGUGCAUACAUAUCAAUGGGCUUUUGAUGGAUGAAAAGUACGACAUGUAUCCUAUCGUAUCAUCCAUUUUCAGAACUGUUGCUCAUGCUCGCCAAACACUGCGAUCGCGUACUCUCUCUGUUGCAGAAACCAUCAGCUGUCGUCGAAAAAUCAUAGCUCAAAUCAACACUGGAAACAAGCUGCUUAAUUUGGAUACUGUUUUGUAUGAUGCAACCACUGGUCAGCUCCUAUCUGACCAGUGUCUAUCUGUAAUCGAUUUAUACACUUGUUUUAGCAACGAUUUGCUCAAUUCUAAAUCUGCAGAUGGUGAUAAGCAACCAAAUGGUGAGAGUAGCACUGGCCAUGAUAAUGAAUUAACAAUAUCUAGCUCUACAAGUCUUUCCAUAUCUGCCGUGCCUGAUGCUGCUGAUAAUGGUGAUUCUAAAGCGGUUUCGCACUGGUUGACAAAAUCUAGCAAUGGACCACAAGUAAAGGAUGAUCCUUAUUCUAUAUCACGAUUUCACAUGUACAUGGAGUUUAAAUCUUGUGUAGCAUCCUAUUGUCAGAUUGGUGAAAUGAUCGAGCUUCAUUUUUUUAUAUACGAUGCCACCAAUAGGCAGAUUUUAUCAGAAGAAUAUUCCAUUCGUCUCAAUUCAAAUGGCCAGCCAUCCGAGGAGCGUAGCUCACUCGACUUUAGUAACUCUGAAAAGCUUGCAACGCUUUUUACAGAUGUCAGUGGAAAAGACAUUAGCCACAAACUAAUGCUAGUAUGUCGUAUGGUUCAUGUUCGCGUGGCAAGUAUCUCAAAUAAUCAAUCUGUGUUUGACAAAGCAAUGAAGUCAGGAGCGGCUGUUGCCAAUACCGUCCGUGGAAAGUUUAGCUCAUCAGCUAUUAACGCUAGUUUCUUGAAAGGGUCCAAAGAUGCUAAUCCACUGAAUCCUGAAAACCUUUCUGGCCAUCGAUACAUUCGACGUCAGUUUGGUGCUGCGGCUGUGCCAAUCUCCAAGGCAUUUGAGCACUUGUCCAACGAUACCGUGCAUACCAAGGAAUGCCAUAUGAAGAUUGUAAUUCCAACUUAUACAGACUCUGAUAGUGUACAUUUGGAUGAUUUGCUUAGCCAACCCGAUUUGCUCAGCGCUCCUUCUUUUGCUCAAAGUAUUACUGUUUCAAUUGCUACAUUUAGUAAUGAUUCGCCUAUCUAUGCUUGUAGAUCUGGCAUUCUGACUGAUAUCGUUCCUUCAUGCCGUCUCGGGUACUUUGGAGCAAUUUCAUGGGCUAUUCCUCAAGUAUCCCGCAUGGAUCGUUCAUUCAAGCUUUUAGGAGAUCGUUCUCGUGCCUUGUCAAGUGACUCCAAGAAUACUAUUCCAAUAGUUGCCAAACGAAACACAAUUUUUCUAACUCUUGAAGAAGGUUCGUUUCCCAGUGUGCGUCUCUCUAGUGGUCGAGGAAUACAAGUAUCAGUCCGAGCUCGCUUGGCCAAUGGUGAAUGUGUUCGCGGUGCGUUUCUAGCGGGUGCUGGUGAAGAAGCAGUGGAUUAUUUUGAUUCCAUUGUUUUUGCCAACAGCAUAACUCCCAAGUGGAGCGAAACCAUCCGCAUUGAUUUGGUACCAUCGACUUUUAGAAAAGCUCAUUUAUUCUUGACAUUUCGUGUUUGUGCACCUUCUACGGCCGAGAUCAUUGGCGAUAAAUUUGCAUUUGCAUUCAUACCGCUUAUUAAAAGCCAGUAUGCUGUAAUUACAGAUUCAGUUCAUCAACUAACACUGUACAAGUUUGAUCGCUUCACGGCUGCUCCAUCAAUCUACCUUAAUUUUCAAGCUGGACCAAAUCUUUUUGUGCCUGCUCAUAUGUUGCUUUCUCCAACAAAAUCUAUUGCAGAGGCAGCAGAUGCCAUUUCAAAAUUGCCAACUCUCAAAGAUACGCUAACAGUUCGAACCUCUCUCUUUUCUACUGUCAUGACUCAGGAUCCUGCGCUUCUUAAUCUGCUAAACUGGCGACAGCAUGUCACAGUAACUAAUGGAAACAUCACUCCAGUGCUUGCCGCUUUUGCUCAUGUUGAUGACAUGGAAGUAUACAAGUUUAUGCCUGCUAUCUUCAAGGAGCUGAUGGGAUUGUGGGUUGCCACCAUGGAUCCCAAACUCACGUACUUUCCCUCUGGAAAUGCAAGUGCCAUUCAACGGCAUGUUUUUCAAAAACUUGUGUUUGUACUGACUGUUGCUGCAGAUAAGCGAUUUGUAAACAACAUCGAGUCUUUUGAAGCGUUUGUUCAAUCUCAUGUUGAAGGAACUCCUGCGUGGGUUGUUAUUAGCGAGCAGCUGGAACAGCUUUUACGAUCUGGUGCAGACAUACAGCUUGGAAAACUACUACGUGCUACGAUCAAGGUGAUGCAUAAUGUAACAGCAGUCAUUAUUUAUGCUGCAUCCGCCUUGGUUUUGCAGGAGUCUUCGUCUAUGCCGGUUACUUCUAUUAACCCCAUUCACAUUAAUGGAGUUCCAUUUAAUCGAUAUGAACCGACUACCUGUGUAGAGCGUGUUCUUGCAUUACACGAGGGUAUUCAAUAUCUAGUAUCCCUUGACGAGCCUGAUCAUGCAUUGGCUGCUCAAGUGCUUGCUUUGCAGCACUUUCCCAAUUUUCUUAUCAUGUCAUCUCGAGUAUUUGAUUCUACACAAACUGAAAAGUUGAUUGUUUCAUUUUUGACAUCGAUUAAUGUGAGCAAACCAAAACUCAAGUCUGGACGCCUAGUGCUGCUACGAACACUGAUGACCCUUCCCGAGUUCUCUGCUUACCUUGGCUGUCUUCGAAAGAUUACUAUAGAAAUUUUACUGGAUUCAAUGACACUCUCUACCACUGAAACACUGCAUAAAAAUCUGAAUUCAUCUUCUAUUCUUUCUCAUGGAAGUGAUGGUCGCGUCAGCUCUAACCAAUCGUAUUCCACGAUCGAUAUGACAUUUAAUUCAGAUGUACUGGACUCCAAAGUAGUGGUUCAAAUUACUGGACUACUUGAAGAGAUUCUUCAUCAUAUCCAACCACGUGUAAACAUGAUCAAAACUCGCCAAAGCGAAUCCGUUGAUCAAGAAGACAAUACUGAAGAGUGUUUGGGGCAAAUGGUAAAAAAGGAUAUUGGAAAAACAACAUGGGGCAACAUUUUCUUUGCCAUUUGUUCAUUGUUUCUUGCGCUACAUAACCAAGUAAAGAAAGUUUGCAAUAAUGAGGAUGCUGUAGGUUUAGCUACAAGUCCAUCCAAAGGCCAGGGACUGUCAGCAAAUGCGAUUUGUCAACAGCGCAAGGAGUUGCAGGAUCUUGGCGCGAUCAUCGUCUCUAUGAUGAGCAUAUUUUCUAGCUCCGAAAUCCAGAAUAUUUUAAAGGAUCGUACAACAACACUCGGAGUAGUUUCUACUGCUCAGCUGUUGGUCAUUAUGAUACAGGCAUUCCAGGUCUUUUUACAACCCGAUGUGUUCAACACUAGUUGGCUGACUUUUCAUAUCACAGUGGUCAAAACCACACUCAAGUUUUUAGACAUUAUCAAAUCUACAUUUAUUAUGCUCCAUGCUUAUCAUAAAAACAGUUUGAGUUUUGGAAGCGGUCGUCAACCUGGAGCUAGUGAGAUUACACUGACUGGCGCAGAUCAGUUGACAGAUGGCGAUGGUGUAGAUUUCAAUAGUACUUCAGAUCACAACGACACGAAAACAUUUGAAAAGUCAGAGCUUUCAGAAUCACUGCAACAACAGGCCUUGCAUGCUGAAUCAUUCAAUCUGACGUCUAUACUUGAAUUAGGUUGGGGCGAAUUUUUCCAGGUUUUAAUUGAUUUGAUUGGUGUGCCAAUGCUGAAUCUGGCCAAAGCGGGUCCGCAACGUGCAAGAAUUGUUCAGAAACUGGAUGGAGAUAUUCGGCGAGAUGCUGCCAUGUUGCUUGUAGAUUCCUGGGACUCGUGCAGUAAACUACUUUGUACUGAACAGCGUCUUCAAGCUAUGCCUAGCGGGUUUAUUGGAUCACUCAUUGAACUAACUUUGCACGACCAUUCUGUCAUGCGCAAUGCCACUGUAGAUGUCUUGUAUGGAAUUCUCAAGGCAGAGUUUAUGGCGGAAGAAAACUUUAAGCGUAUUGAAGGUGAUUGCUUUGAUUAUGUCCAUACUGCUAUUGAAAAUGGCGAUAUUGGAGAUAUGCGUGCUACCGGCAUAGUAAACAAUAUUUCUCGAAGCAAUCUGUUUUCUGAAACCACCACUCCUGACGAAGAAUCAAGGAAACCGUAUUCCCCGCAGCAGAAGUUGCCAUCACAGCAGGUCGAUUUGUUUUUUAUUACCGCUCUUGAAUCACGGCUAGCUCAUGAGGAUCAUCCUACAUUUGUUCAUUUAUCUCGCACCUUUCUCCGAGCCAUUAGCAAGUUUGUAAAAAUCAUUUCGGUUCACAGACAAUUACCCUUGAACGAGCUAGAUGAACGUAUUACAAGCACAAUUCGAGUAUUGCGAUUUUUAAAGAAUGCUCGACGCAAGUCCUUGUUUAUCAAGUAUCUGCAUAGUUUAUUUGAGAUUCAUAUGAGUGAGGGACAUUGGGUCGAGGCAGCGCUAACUCUAAAGCAUCAUGCUGACUUGCUCAAUUGGUUUGAGGAUGUUGCUGUUGAGCCUAUGCCAGAAUAUGGAUUUACCAGCUGGCAGACCGAAUUUGAACGCAAGGAGCAAAUUUUAAUGCAAACCAUCAAGCUGCUUGAACAAGGUCAGGCACUUGAGCGUGCCGUGGAACUAUGUAGCUGUCUUGCCGACGAAUAUCGAUACCGUGUGUGGGAUUACACUCACUUGUCUAGUAUACUACGAUUUCAAGCCAACAUGUACGACAAGAUGAUUUCUGAGGAGCGAUACUAUCCAAUGUACUAUAGAGUCAGUUUUUACGGUCGCGGAUUUCCCCGCCGAGUUUCUGGCAAACAGUACGUUUAUCGAGGGGAGCAGUGGGAAAAGCUGUCUGCAUUUUGUGAACGCAUCCAAACAGAGUAUCCCGACUCCAAGAUCAUUUCCAAAAAUGGUCCUGUAGAUGACGACAUCAAGGACAGCGAUGGUCGAUACUUGCAAAUCACUGCUGUUUCUCCUGUUGCUGAUAUUCGAGAGUGGGCUACUGCUUCGGAUAGAAGUUAUGGUGGUGUAUUUUCUCAAGAGUGCUCGGGAAUGUUUGGCACUAUUGGAUGGGAUUUAGAGGCACGGAGUGUAGCCUCUAUGCUUGCUGAAGAAAAGGUGGAAUAUGAUCCAACCACUGCGGGAGAUACUGCAGGAGGCUUACCUCUCUGGCUAUUUGAACAGGAACUUUUUGGAGAUGAUCCUGAAGCCAAGGAAACUUUGUUGCGUCAAAGCUGCAUACCGCCUCAACUUCGAUCUUAUUACGAGCAUAAUGAGGUCUCCAUUUUUGCAUUUUCUAGACCUAUCCGGCGUAAAGAUGGUUCUGAUCCUGAAAAUCAUCCUGCACAAGAGUUUCUUGAACUAUGGACAGAAAAGACAAUUCUACUGUCAGAGGACACGUUCCCUUCAAUGAACUAUCGCUCUCGUGUAUGCCAAGUCAUGACAUUUGAAAUUAGUCCUGUUGAGAAUGCAAUUGCAACUGUGCGAUCCAAGACGAAGCAGCUUUUGGGAUUCGAAAAACAGUUUCGUUCUGACAGUGAACUGAUUCUAUCAGAUUCUGCUCGUCGUAGUACUGCCAAAGCAAUGGCAAGAGUUUCUUCAAAUUCGAUCGUGUCGAAUCUAUCUCGUGGAUCACAUACGUCUUCUUUGGCUACCCCGUGGACUACUACUGGAUUCAAUGGAUCGGUAAAUGGUGCUAUUCCUGAAGGCCAAAUUUCUGAGGGUGGUCCACCUGCGUCCUCUAGUGCCAAUGCAUCCGCCUCGAGUCUAAACAACGUAAAUCCAUUUACAAUGGCUUUGAAUGGUGCAGUGGAUGCACCAGUUAAUGGUGGAAUUCCCAUGUACAAGGCCGCAUUCCUUACUCAGCCUUUUCUUGGUGCUUCGUAUAACUCGAGCAAGCAUCGUGAAAUUCUCAAUGCUGCAAUUUUGGAGCACGUGGAGGUUAUUUACAGAUGUCUGGCAGUUCAUGACCAGGUUGUUCCAUUACAAAUGCGUCCAUUGCAUGACGAGAUUUUAAAGAUGUUCAACAAAAACUAUGCAGCUGAAAUUGCAGAAUUGGGACUGAGUGCUGCUCCACGUCUUUCCGUUUCGACCUCACAAUAUAGUGCAACUCAAUCCAUUCGCCGAGGACGCACUUCCACCACUAGUCCAUAUCCAGCAGGAAAACUGGGACCUAUUCUGACACGAAACACAGCCGAUCGCCAAUCUAUGCUUCGUAAUCUGGCCUUGGGUGGACAACUGAAUUCUGCUGGAACUGCAUUUGGUGAUACCAAUGACAUUGCAUCGCCAGUCUCCUCUGGAACUACAGGACCGCCUUCCAAACUCGGUUAUCGUGGAAUAAAAAAACAGAGCACGUUGCAGACAAACCUUAAGCAGUCUACGCUAUACCACUCUGCAUCUUCGACUAAUAUUUCAACUACACAUGCUGCUCAUAACCGACGCCCUUCGUUUGGAUCACCCGAUGCACUUGUGGCAAUUAGCGCAAGCAACUACACGCUACCUGCUGGCGCAUCGCUUGGAGGAAUAACUGCAUUGAAUGGAAAUGGACCAUCCACUACAGAGAAUCUACAUUCCCAAUAA